UGUGUGCGGUCUGCUGAUUUUGUUGUGUGUGUGUGUUGUUCAGCCACCGAGGCAUGGCACGCUUGUUUGACGCCGUGUUCGAAGCCGCUCAAGCGUCAGUCACUCAGGGAUGUGAAACUACGCAUACGAAGGACCACCGCCUGCUCUUUUAGCGAACUGCCCCACGUGAAGGCGGGCGAGUGCACUGCAAGAUGUCUCGGCACCGAAAUGUCCGGACUAUGAAUUAUGAUGACGACUACGAAGGUUACUACGAUGUCUACGGCAGGUCCCAGGAAGAAGACUCGUGCAUAUCUCCGACCACAGAGGAGCAGUUCCUGUACAACAGAGACAAGCUUCAUUCCAUGUCGUCAUUCCUGUCUCCUGAAGUCCUCCAAGAGGAAAAUGAGGAGGACGAUGAAGAAGAGGAUGGAGCCCACAAGGCCGGCCCUCGGGAACCCGAACUCAGCCCCGUAGACGAAGUGAGGCUUUACGAGUGCAUUGAGAAAAUGCAGAAUGUGGUGGGCGACUCGAUCCCAGAGGCUACGCUUCGUCGAGUGGCGCUCGAGGGAGACUUCAAUGCAGAAGUGGCUCUUGACCGUCUUCUGCAAGAAACGGACAAGCCAAAGCCGCAGCGAGAGCCCCGGAAAAGAGAAUCGGACAGCGAUGACGACGACUCUUGUGUCAUUUCGCCGUCCGACACUGUGUUUGAUGGUGGUGGGGCGUCAGCGAUGGUCCCACUUAACUUGAGGACCGUUGUUGCGCACUUUGACGUGCCGUCAAAACCCCGAAGUGAUAGCACACGGAGGUUGGACGGUGGCGAACACGGGGUUAGAGCUGCCGUAGGGUGGGUGGAGCUGCCGACCACAGGGACAGAGUCGGCAGCACCUUCAAAGUUUGCGCUUGCUUCUUCUCCCUCCAUGUGUACAGUUGAAACCUUAGGUUGUGAAUUAAAACUGGGUGAUUUGCUCAAAUCUAGUGGGUCUGGGGAAACUCGUAGGACAGACAGCUUAUCGAAAGCUGCGCACAGUAUUAGUGGUUGUGACGGUGCAUUGCCUGUGCUUGCUCAUCUUGACUGUGAAACAGUACCUUCAUCAUCACUCACACAUGCUUCAAGCGCUACUUACGAUCUCAGUCCUAACCCUCAAAGUUGUGAUACAGACGCUGUUGAUGACUUUCUUGAAACACUGCUGCAAGAAGAAAAUGUGCCGAGUGUUACCUCGCAACGAAAACCUACGGUACAAGCAUCAGGUGGAGUGCCCGAUGAACUGGAUGUACUGUUAGGCAUGGUCUCGAGCUACAAGCCCAGUGCCGCCACCUCGACAGACACUUCAAGAGACGGAGGCCGUACUACUUCUGCGAGAGCCAGUCACGAAGCACUAUCUUUAGGCAAACGUACGAAAGAUCUGGUUGGAGACAGCUUAGAUGCACUUCUGGGAAUCGGUGCAGACUCUGCGGCUCCAGAACACGGUGGCAAAGGUGCGCCCAAGAUGGACUUCGACGACUUCCUCAUGUCGUUGAGAAGUGACAUUGGUGGCACAAGCGACUUAAAAGCUCAGGAUGAUGAUCUGGCACUGCUGCCCAUCGCAGAUAUUUUGUCUGUGGCUUCCAGUGACGACAAGGGCCCAGGGAAGUCUCCGCAGAAGUCGGACUCAAAGCAGCCCGCUUUGCUCAACCUCGGCGAGAUACUUGGCCUGAACAGGGAGCGCGCCCCUGAUUCAGCUGCUGAAAGUGGAGCCCUCAAGCUUGAUGACAUCCUGAAAGGUGCCACAGGAGGCCCAGUGGCCGCCGGACAAGAGAACUGCCCGUAUGGCAACAACGGAGAGAGCCCCGAGCCGAGUCCUCUGCACAGUGCAGCUGCCGUGGCGGUGAAAGAAGUGUCCCUCUUUGGCAAAGUGCUUGUGUACUUCCAUUUUGUCCGCCGACAGAAGUCCGUCUUUGAUCUCACGAGCUGGUUGAGGAAACUUGGUCUGCUGGAGCCAAGGCCUGGGGAAAAAUUGAGGACAGCGGCGUUUGGUUUCGGUGUGCCGUCACCAGACGACAUUGUGCGCGCGUGUCGGAAGCGAGCAGUGGAGGCAUCAGAACGGAAGCCGCUCACACCUCUCGAACAAGUUGGCGCACCUGUCAGAGCUGCUGGGGCCAACAAGGAGCUGCUGCCUGCUGUUGACCCGGCACUGAGGCAGACGUUUCCCAGGCAAUCUCAGCCUGACGUCGAGGACAGGCGGAGCAAGGCAUCAUCGGAAACUCUCAAGGUGCCGAGUACCACAAGCUCCAACCGGAGUUCUCCAGAUCUGGAUCGUAAGGAGCCCUCUCCAGAAGCUGCCGGCGACACCCAGCCGGCCGACGGUGCCACUCCCAAGACACCAAGGUCCAAGCCACCCAAGGACGUGGCUGCAGAAUAUGCCAAGGAGAGGGGAUCGACCAAGUCUCUCCUGAACCUGGUGGUCAUUGGACACGUAGACGCUGGCAAGAGCACGCUUAUGGGCCACCUCCUGUACAGGCUUGGCUGUGUACAGAAGAAGCAGAUGCACAAGUACGAGCAGGAGUCCAAAAAGCUAGGAAAGGCUUCAUUUAUGUAUGCGUGGGUAUUGGAUGAGACGUCAGAAGAGAGGAAUCGUGGGAUCACCAUGGACGUGGCUCAGGCGAAGUUUGAGACACCCAACAGAAGCAUUGUCCUCCUAGACGCGCCGGGUCAUCGGGACUUCAUCCCAAACAUGAUCACAGGUGCUGCCCAAGCGGACGUGGCCAUCCUGGUGGUCGAUGCUACACGGGGUGAAUUCGAAACUGGUUUUGAGACGGGAGGGCAGACAAGGGAGCACACCUUGCUCGUGCGGUCUCUAGGUGUGUCGCAGCUUGCGGUGGCCAUCAACAAGCUGGACAACGUGUCCUGGGAUGAGGGGCGGUACAACGAAAUCACGGCCAAGCUGCGCACCUUCCUGCGCCAGGCUGGCUAUCGGGAGUCCGACUUCACCUUUGUGCCUUGCAGCGGCCUGACGGGCGAGAAUUUGACCACCAAGCCCGAGUCCAGUUCACCGCUCACCAAGUGGUACACGGGACCCUGCCUCGUUGAUGUUAUCGAUAGCUUCAAGCCACCUGAGCGGCCCGUGUCGAAGCCGUUCCGGUUGUGUGUCAGCGAUGUCUUCAAGGGCCAGGGCUCUGGCUUCUGUGUGUCCGGUCGGAUAGACGCAGGCUGUGCGGCCAAUGGUGACAAAGUCCUUGUGAUGCCAGCAGCCGAGCAGGGAACUGUAAAAGGUAUCACCAUCGAUGAAUUACCGGUAACUCAGGCCUUUGCUGGAGACCAAGUGGCAUUGACUCUGGCCGGGGUCGACAUGAUCAAGGUCACAACAGGAAGCUUCCUCUGCGAUCCGACAGUCCCAAUCCGAGUGUCGACACGGUUCCAGGCACGCCUGGUGGUGUUCAACGUUGAGGUGCCCCUGACAAGAGGUUUCCCUGUCGUGCUUCACUACCAAAGCACCACGGAGCAGGCUUCCAUCCAUCGCAUCCUUUCGCAGCUGAACAAGGUCACCGGUGAAGUGGUGCGCAACAAGCCAAGGUGUUUAGUGAAGAACACAAGUGGCCUGGUUGAAAUCAAGGUGAGCCGUCCGAUAUGCGUGGAGCUUUACAAGGAGUUCAAAGAGCUUGGCCGCAUCACGCUUCGAUCAGGUGGCAGCACCGUGGCUGCUGGCGUUAUCACUGAGGUAAUGUAAUUGACGAGUGGCCAACGUUUACAGACAGUGAGGCCUGAUACAAAUGGACUUAUGACUUUAUAAGCAUGGAUGAUUUGCACAAUCUCUCUGAAGAAUGACACGACACUGGACAAAGGCUCGCGGACUCUACACUGAUGCAAGCUCUCUGCAGUUUUUUUUUUUGAACUUAAGGCAAUAAAAGAAAAGGGGGAUGCCUGAAA